CAGCCUUUCAAAUUAUCAAAGGAUAAUCUUCCUUCUCUGAAAACUCAGAUAUGUAGAAUGGUACAAAUGUGAAAUUACCCUUCCUUGUAACAUCACAACUGCAAGUGUGUGUGUACAAACAUUAGAUGGAUUACCUAUGUCUGGCAUUUUUUAACUGUAAACAUUGUUCUAUACAAUGUAGAAAUAUUUUAAUGUGGUCAAAACAAAUGUGAUGUCUAAACAACACACAGGCCAUCAGUACAGCACACGUAAGAAAUAAUAUGUAUUAUAAUUCAGCAGCCCAGAGAUAAAUUAAAAUACACACAGUAAAAUGUUUCUCCUAAUUUUUAAAGCCCCUAUGUUAAUUAAAAUUUACGGCUGAUCUUUUUUUUUUUUAAAGCCACAAACUUUCCCCUUACAUACUUGAUAAGGAUUUGAUCACACCACUCAUCCAGCAAAUAUAAGCAAAAGAUAUAGGUGUGCUUGGCUGGAUGUGAGCAGCUACAGGAGACCAGGUUGACAGGUUCCUUUACCACAUGCGUCUUUCUGAUGAUGUAUUACUUGACGUGAUGACGCGCUUCCAAGCAGAGAUGGUGAAGGGCCUGGAAAGAGACUCUCACCCAACAGCUGCCGUAAAAAUGCUGCCAACGUUUGUACGGUCGAUUCCUGAUGGGUCAGAAAAGGGGGAAUUUCUUGCUCUAGAUCUUGGUGGCUCCAAGUUUCGAGUCUUAAAGGUGAAAGUGUCUGAAGAUGGGAAGCAGAAUGUUCAAAUGGAGAGUCAGUUCUACCCAACCCCACAGGAGAUCACACACGGGAAUGGAACAGAACUAUUCGAUUAUGUCGCUGACUGUCUGGCAGAUUUCAUGGAGUCCAAAAACAUAAAACAUAAGAGAUUCCCUCUUGGGUUUACAUUUUCUUUUCCUUGCAUGCAGACUAAAUUGGAAGAGGGUGUGCUGCUUUCCUGGACAAAGUACUUUAAGGUACGAGGAGUGCAGGAGACAGAUGUGGUCAGCUCUCUGCGCCAUGCCCUCAGGAAGCGUGAGGAUAUUGAUGUAGAUGUUUUAGCACUGGUAAAUGAUACUGUGGGAACAAUGAUGACCUGUGGAUAUGAUGAUCAGCGCUGUGAAGUUGGCGUCAUAAUAGGAACUGGCACAAAUGCCUGCUACAUGGAAGAAAUGAGUAACAUUGAUCUGGUGGAAGGUGAUGAGGGGAGGAUGUGCAUUAACACUGAGUGGGGAGCCUUUGGAGACGAUGGGUCACUGGAUGAUCUCAGGACUGAGUUUGACAGGGAGAUUGACUUGGGAUCUAUCAAUCCUGGAAAACAACUGUUUGAGAAGAUGAUUAGUGGAUUGUAUUUAGGAGAACUUGUAAGACUCGUUCUUCUAAAAAUGGCAAAGAAAGGCCUGCUCUUCAAUGGCAAGAUAUCAACAGCUAUCCGUACUAAGGGCAAGAUUGAGACAAAACAUGUAGCUGCUAUGGAAAAACGUAAAGAAGGUCUCCAAAACACUAAAGAGAUACUGAUGGAACUGGGCCUGACUCCUUCUGAAGAAGAUUGCAUUGCUGUUCAGCAUGUGUGCACCAUCGUUUCAUUCCGCUCCGCAAAUCUCUGUGCUGCUGCCUUAGCAGCAAUACUGACCCGUCUUAGACAAAAUAAAAAACUAGUACGACUGAGAACUACUGUUGGAAUGGAUGGAACUCUGUAUAAAACACACCCUCAAUAUCCUAAACGCCUGCAUAAGGUUGUGAGAAGGCUGGUCCCAAACUGCGAUGUCAGAUUUCUUCUCUCUGAAAGUGGCAGUGGGAAGGGAGCUGCCAUGGUAACUGCAGUUGCAUGCAGACUGGUAUCUCAGCGCAAACAAAUUGAUGAGAUUCUAGCAUCAUUUGAACUUUCUGAGGAGAAUCUUAUAGAAGUGAAAAAUAAAAUGAGGGAAGAAUUGGAAUAUGGACUGAAGAAAGAAACACAUGCGACUGCCACAGUGAAAAUGUUACCAACUUAUGUUUGUGGAACACCGGAUGGAACAGAAAAAGGAAAAUUCCUGGCACUUGAUCUUGGGGGAACAAAUUUCAGAGUUCUGCUUGUGAAAAUUAGAAGUGGGAGAAGAAAAUCUGUGAGAAUGUACAAUAAAAUCUUUGCCAUUCCUUUGGAAAUUAUGCAAGGAACCGGGGAAGAGCUCUUUGAUCACAUUGUCCAGUGCAUAGCAGAUUUUUUGGAGUACAUGGGGAUUAAAGGUGCACGUCUCCCUUUGGGCUUCACAUUCUCUUUCCCCUGCAGGCAAGCUAGCAUUGAUAAGGGAGUGCUUGUGGAGUGGACAAAAGGUUUCAAGGCAACAGACUGUGAAGGAGAGGAUGUUGUUGAUAUGCUAAGAGAGGCCAUAAAACGCAGAAAUGAGUUUGACUUGGAUAUUGUAGCAGUGGUAAAUGACACUGUUGGGACAAUGAUGACAUGUGGCUAUGAGGAUCCAUAUUGUGAAAUUGGCCUUAUUGCAGGAACAGGUAGCAACGUGUGCUACAUGGAAGAGAUGAAGAAUAUUGAAAUUGUGGAAGGGAUUGAAGGGAAAAUGUGCAUUAACACAGAAUGGGGAGGAUUUGGUGACAAUGGGUGCAUUGAUAGUAUCAGAACAAAAUAUGAUAAAGAAGUGGAUGAGGGUUCAUUAAAUCCUGGGAAACAGAGGUAUGAAAAAAUGACCAGUGGAAUGUAUUUGGGUGAAAUAGUGAGGCAAAUUUUGAUUGACUUAACCAAACACGGACUUCUGUUCAGAGGUCAGAUUUUGGAAUCGCUCAGGACAAGAGGCAUAUUUGAAACAAAAUUCCUGUCUCAUAUUGAAAGUGACCGGCUAGCCCUUCUUCAGGUUAGAAGAAUUCUGCAGCAGCUUGGAUUGGACAGCACUUGUGAUGACAGCAUUAUCGUAAAGGAGGUGUGUGGUGCUGUUUCAAAGAGAGCAGCCCAGCUAUGUGGAGCUGGACUGGCUGCUAUAGUAGAGAAGAAGAGAGAAAACAGAAAUCUAGAGCACUUGAAAAUCACUGUUGGAGUGGAUGGAACUUUAUACAAACUACACCCGCAUUUUUCUAGGAUUUUACGGGAAACAGUGAAAGAAAUGGCACCUCAGUGCGAUGUGACUUUCAUGCUGUCUGAAGAUGGAAGUGGAAAGGGAGCUGCCCUAAUAACUGCUGUGGCAAAAAGAUUGUAUAAUGUUGGAGAAAAUUAAAAACACAGACACACACACAUUUAAAUACAGCUGUACAAGAGCAUUAGAGAUUUGCUCAAUGACUACACAAAAUAACUUGGGUGGAGACCAAUAAGAAACACCCCCUAUUAGCUAGCAGCUAGACUAGAACCACUGCCAAUGCAGAAUAAGUCAAAUCUUUGACCCACCAUAACUUGGGUUGGGGUGUCCUGUUGCUAGUUAGCACUAUAUUCUGGGAUACUACAAUAGACUCAUUGCUGCAAUGUGACCGAAUGCCAUAUAUAGUGUGAAAAAGCAGGUCAGAUAAAUGUAAUUUUUUUUUUCAAAAAUCAGCUUUUGAAGUGCUUAAUUGAUCUCCUGUCCCACUAAUGUUAUCCUGUGAGUUUGUCACACAGUUUUUCAUGGUUUGAGGGGUUUUUAGCCUUAGUUUGGUCUGCCUCAGUGGGUAUCGAGAUCCUGGUACUAUACAUAUCUAGUGGGUAUACUUGUUCAUUUUUGUUGUUUUUUUAAAAUAGAUAUACAAAUUGGAAUAAAUUAACUUUGUCCAAUAAAACAUUAUGUUCAAUGAAACGUAUAUUACUACUAGGGCUGUCAAGUGAUUAAAAAAAUUAAUCUCAACUAAUUGCACGAUUGAAAAAAUUAAUUGCAAGAUUAAAAAAUUAAUCGUACAGUUAAACAAUAAUAGAAUACCAUUCAUUUAAAUAUUUUGGAUUGUUUUCUACAUUUUAAAAUAUAUUGAUUUCAAUUACAAUGCAGAAUUCAAAGUGUACAGUGCUCACUUUAUAUUUAUUUUUGAUUACAAAAGUGCCAUGCGAACACCAGUUCUCACUUUCAGGUGACAUUGUAAAUAAGAAGCAGACAACAUUAUCUCCCAUAAAUGUAAACAAACUUAUUUUUCUUAACGAUUGGCAGAACAAGAAGUAGGACUGAGUGGACUUAUAGGCUCUAAAGUUUUAUAUUAUUUUGUUUUUGAAUGCAGUUAUAUAACCAAAAAAAAAUCUACAUUUGUAAGUUGCACUUUCACGAUAGAGAGAUCACACUACAUAUUUGCAUGAGGUGAAUUAAAAAAUACUAUUUCUUUUGUUUAUCAUUUUUUACAGUGCAAAUAUUUAUAAUAUAAUAUAAAGUGAGUGCUGUAAACUUUGUAUAUGAAAUCAAUAUAUUUGAAAAUGUAGAAAAACAUCAAAUAUUUAAUACAUUUCAAUUUGGGCCUUUUUCUUAUUUAGAAUUGGUAUUCUAUUGUUUAACAAUGUGAUUAAAAUUGUGAUUAAUAGCUAUUUUUUAAUCACAAUUUUGAGUUAAUUGUGUGAGUUAACUGCAAGUAAUUGAUAGCCCUAAUUAGUACAUUUUUUACUUUCUUUGUUCCAGACUAGUGUAAUACAGUGCACCCCCACAUGGACACAGUGGACAAUGUUAGAAAGUGGAUGUACUGUACAAAAAUCAGCUGCAGCCCAUAGGAGAGUGUACUCUCAGCUGUUUCUUGGUCUCAGGCUCUUUCAUGGCCUGGAGCCUUCAGUUAUAGCCUCCAACUGGGAAUCAGAUCUAAUCACAAAAUGCUGUCUUGCUGGAUUGGCUGAUUCCUAGCACCUGCCUGCUGGGCUUCUCUUCAGAACAGGGCUGACUGCUCCCUGUAAUGUGGCCAGAUAGCAAGUGUGAAAAAUUGGGACGGGGUGGGGGGGUAAUAGCCACUUAUAUAAGACAAAAGCCCAAAUAUCGGGACUGUCAGUAUAAAAUUGGGACAUUUGGUCACCCUAGCUCCCUGCCCCACAGCCUUUAAAGGGACAGACCACCCUGUUACACCUCUUUUAAUCUCAGUGUUCCAGGAGCUUUUCUAGAACGAGGCCGCAUUAAUGUAUCGGGUUCUUUUAUUCUUUGUUUUCUUUCUAGUCUUUCCUCCCCAUUCGAAUUUUAAAAAUCAGAUUGUUUCCACUUUGUGGAAAUGUUUCUCUUUCCAUCUUUCUUAGGCCCCUGGUUGCUGAUCUGCAUGUCUCCAGCCAUGCUAAAUUAACUCUUGUGGGAACAGCAUGUUUUGUUGCUCACUCCAAAAGUGACUCUUCUGUGCAAGGGGGUGAGCAGCAGAGACACAGGCUUAUGUGAACUUUUUAAACCUAUCAGUAGUACUUGAGCUCAGCAGCCGGCAGUUAAUAAAGAUGGUUUAUUAAUGGACAAAGGCCAACAAGCAGGGGAUGAAACAGGAAUGCCUGUUUCUUUUGGCUGUUUUAUAUUUAUCAGUGGGACAUGGACAGUAAAAUAUGCUGAGCUUUAUAGACAUCUUAAAAAGUCAAUACCUUUGGGUGUGACUUAAAAAAAAUCACAUUCAGUUCAUGGAUUGCCGAAUGAAAUGUAGCACACAAUGAAAAUGGCAAAACAGAAACCUCUGGUUUCCAAUCUCAGCUGCUUCCAUACCCUCUUAACCCUCUGUUCAUAUAUAUUCCUGUGUACUUGUGCUGGGAGCACAGCUAGACACAGCACUUGUGCUGACAGCAGAAUGCCUGAGGCAGACAUACUCUUGGAGCUUGGAUGUGUCCAUAACUAUUGUGCACUAUUAAAUAGUUGGCUUCAGGUUAACAAUAAUAUAAAAGCUGAAAUAAGACUGAAAAUUUAAGCCUAGCAACAAUGAAUCAAAUUUGUUAAGAUGCAUUCACUUUAUAUUUUUUUAAAAGCUGGUCAAUAGCAUCUUUCACUGUGACAUAUUGAAAUUACCGAAUGCAUGAAAUAAAACAAAACAAAUUAAUGAAAUUGAAAAUGAUUUUCAUUUGCUAAAGUACUAAUAUAUCAUUUUUGUUUCUGGGCUAGCUGGAGAAGGUAAAUGCAUAUUUAAUAUUUAAGAACAGACUACUCAUGCAAUCGUAUUACAAACAGCAUCACAUAAAUGUAAAAUUAUUAAACUACUUGUAAGACAUCAUAAAAACAUUCAUUUUUGUUAUACUUUUCUUCAGAUUUAACAAUACCACUUGAUCAGAUUUUCCCAUGAAAUACUGUCUCUUCACAGAAAAUUACUUCUAGUAAGUAAAAUAAGCAGGCACUAUUUGGAACCAACUUUUCCAAAGCAAUGCGCAGCGUAGCUCAUGUGGUGAUGAGCAUCUUAGAAAAACAUUAGAGGGUGACUGGGUUUUUCUUUCAGAGCUAUAGGUACUAAAAUCAAACAUACCAUACAGUACUCCCUACUUAACAAAGGUGGGCAGUUGGAGACUAGUGACCUGCAUCAAAUCUUUUUUUAUAUACAUUCAAAUGUUGCUACAGGAAUAAUUACAUGAUUUCUGCAUAGCCAAUUUUAACUUCAAUAGCAAUCCCACAACAUCAGCUGACUCAAAAGUAGCCUGGCUAUAUAUGACAGAGGAUGAAUAUUAGACUUGUAUUAGUUUUGUAGAGGAAUACUCGCAAUUGUCAGGCUGUAAUGUUAGUGUGAUUAUUUAAAAACAAGUAGGUAAUAACUGGGGCAAAUAAAAAUGGUCAAUGUUGCCACAUCCUGAGUCCCCACCCAACCCAGGACCAGAGGAAUUAAAAUGACUGCGCCCUUUAGGGAAAGAAUUGAAGUGUUCACCUGACAAUGCUGGGACCUGAUAACUCUUCCAGUGGGUCCUGAUAAUCUCCCCUACAAACGGGCUUCAACUCGUAUUUAUGUCCCAGAGUGAAGAAUGCUAUUGUGAAAAGUGCAGUGUGUUCUGGGCUAUCGGUACUGGGGAACCCCAAAGUGCAGAGGAAUCUGAAUGGAGCUGUGGGACUCGGUGGAAAAGCUACUGGCUCCCACUGGAGGGAGAGGGUGUUGGCUGGCUCCCACUGUCACUGUGAAGAGGGGGGAUUCAUUAUAGUCCACUCAGAGAGGGGAGAGAGCAUGAUCUAGUGGUAUACGAUACAUUCCUAGGUUUAAAGAAUCACUUUUAUAGAGCCCCUAUUUUAUUUAUACAACUGUUGAUUUGAUUUCUAUUAAAAUAUAUAGGAUUUUCCUGUAAAAUGAUAUGCAAUAUUAAUUAGUGGAUUUUUUUUAAAUAACCAGUCCUUUUAAU